AUGUAUCUCUUGACCCUCCUCACUCUCCUCAGCGGCCUUAUCUUUACCUCCGCCAUGCCCUUCACACCCUACAAGCACUUCGGAACAAGCCCGCACCUCGAUCCCUCACAAGCCCCCGAAUACUGCUCCGCGCUACCCCAAACUCCCAGCGUAAAAUGGUGCCUGUGGCCCAACUUUGCCAAGCAAUGCUAUACGCGCGCCUACGAGCCGCAACCGUGGUGUGAGAACUUUUACCAAUAUGAGAGCAGACCCCGCUCCAUUGGUCCGGAUAUGGGCGGCAACUGCAGGUUCUACAAGGAGUUUGAUUGUGGAGAGAAUAGGGAUGCGGUGGAGAUUUGGGAGGGGAGUAAGGAGAGGCCGCUUGAGUGUCCGGGGCUGUCGUUUACGGGGGACCCGAAAUGGUUUAAGAGUAUGAAGUGUAUGAGGGAUUAG